CAUGUAUUGUGUUCGUUUCCUUCUUCUCUCUACUCUAUAUACCAGCGUCUCUGCGUCGUUGAAUUCAAAACUCAAUUAUGAAAUUCUCGAAGAAAUUGCAAUUAAUAAAACUAUCUGUAACGUCUUUCAAGAUGCUCAAGUUGGCUCAACCUUUACGAAUGAACAGUUAAAAACACUGUGGUUUGAAUUCUUACCUAAAUCUCAAAGAGAUUAUUCGCACUUAUUUUCAAUUAGUUCAAAUGGUAUUGUUAGAGUGCGGAGUAGAAUUGACCGAGAUGAAAUUUGUCCAGGUGCUGUAUCCUGUUCGAUCGAAGUUGACGUUGGUAUCCAGCCGAAAAGCAUAUUUCGAGUUGUUCAGCUGUACAUUCUCAUCAAAGACUUGAAUGACAAUAGGCCGUCUUUCGACGCUGUCGUUUAUAGAUUAAAUGUUUUGGAACAUACCAUGAAAGCUAUCGAUUUAACGCCCGCCAACGAUCCGGAUAGCCCUCAAUACGGGGUUGGCCGCUAUGAUUUGCGAUCGCCUAAUAAUGCUUUUGAACUAUAUAGAACCGCCGAUGUUCUUCAAUUGAAAGUUAAUCGAGAGCUGGACAGAGAAAAAAGGGAUAAAUAUACCCUUGAGUUAAUUGCCUACGACGCAGCCACUAACAAUAAUCCCGGAAAGGCAAUUCUAGAAAUUAUCAUUGACGACGCUAACGACCACCCUCCCGUCUUUGAUAAUUCAACCUACCAGGUGUACCUCUCAGAAAAUAGCGAAAUUAAUGAGCCCUUCUUAACCGUUAGGGCGAGUGAUAAGGACGUAGGAGAUAAUGGAAAGAUAACCUAUUCUCUGAGUACUGUAUCAAAUAAGCACGCUAGCACCUUUGGAGUUAAUGGCCAGAAAGGAGAAUUAUAUUUGAAGAGGCGUCUGAACUUUGAGGAGAGAAGUUAUUACUCUCUAACUAUAUUAGCCAAAGAUUCAGGAUUAAGCGGUCAAGCUGUGGUCAAAGUUAAUGUGCUAGACACGAACGCCCAUAGCCCUAAGAUAACGGUAAAUGCAAUGACCGAUGACGGAGUUGGGCAGGUGUUUGAAAAUACUACGACAGGAGAAUUCGUAGCUCAUAUUUCCGUUGCGGAUGGGGAUAAAGGGGCUGAAGGAAGCGUUUCGUGUUCUCUUCAGCCGGACGCCGCUCCAUUCGCUCUGGAUUUUUUAGUCCGUAAUCAAUAUAAAAUCAUUACGACUAAAGUUCUGGAUAGAGAGGAAACGGAACUGUACAACAUACGAAUCGAAUGUCAGGACGGCGGGAAACCCCCCUUAAGGGCUUCAAAAUCUUUAACAGUUAGAAUCAAAGACAAGAAUGAUAAUAGUCCAGUAUUCGAUAGGCCAAUUUAUUCUGUUCAUGUAAAAGAAAAUAUCGUAAAAGAGAACCUUUUGAGAGUUCACGCUACUGACGCCGAUAGUAAUUCAAACGUUUCCUAUGGGCUGCAAAUGCCGAGCAGUUAUUUCGUAAUGGAUGGUACCACGGGAAUGUUGCACUUACGUAAGCCGUUGGACAGAGAACGACAGGACGUUUAUAGAAUAAUUGUUAUUGCUAGCGACAAAGAUGAUGACCUAGUUCUGUCAUCUUCGUGUAAGGUUGAAAUAAUCUUGGAUGACGUUAAUGACGAAAUACCUGCGUUUACGAAAUCAAUCUAUUAUUUCAAGGUAGAUGAAGACAUUCAAGCUGGUAAAGAAAUUGGUUUUGUUAGUGCUGAAGACAAGGACGCACAAGUAAAAUCUCUGAUAUUUUACGAGUUUAGAGAGCGUUCUGACAAGUUUGGUAUUGACCCUUUGACGGGGAGAAUAUGGACAAAGGGUAAUCUGGACAGAGAAACAAUUGCUGCAUAUCAAUUAACUGUUGUUGCCAGGGAGCAAGAUAUGCCGACUCAUAAGAGUUCAGUCAACGUUAAAAUUGACGUAUUAGACGCUAAUGACAACUUCCCUCAUUUUCUCUUCCCGUCGAAAGCUAACAAUUCGGUUAGCAUAUCAAAUAAAAUUCCAAUUGGGCAUAAAAUAACGUCCGUCAAAGCUAUCGACAUGGACUUAGGUAGAAACUCGAAUCUAACCUAUCAUCUUUUGAAGUCGGCGACAAAUGCACCUUUUGAUAUUAAUUCAGAAACAGGUAGCAUUUCAACGAACAAAGAAUUAGACGAUAUUCAAUACGAGGUAUUUGAAAUUCGUAUUCAAGCGAAAGAUUCCGGGAUUAUUCCAUUAACGUCUAAGAUAACGAGCCUUUACGUGAUCGUCAACAAAUCCAUUCCAUUCGAAAACUUUGCUAAAUCGAACGAUCUUUUAAAAGGACAAAAUCUUAGCGUUAUUAUUGCAGUUGUUGUAUGCUCUGUUCUGCUAAUUACAGUCUUAAUUAGUGCUAUAAUAAUGACGAGGAAAAGAUCGAAUAAACCACCUUCGCCUGAAAUCUCCAUUGCAACAUAUGAUCCAGAAGUUCAGGAAAAUGUUACAACGUCCAUUUCUCAAAGCGACUCGUCAUCUUCUAACUCAUAUGGUAAAACGGAAUGGAAGAAAACGUCUAACCUAUUAAAUCCUAGUCAUUUAACCAAUGGUCAUCAAUAUUUCAUCAACAAUGCGAAAACCGAUAAUAGAAAUGCCUCAUCUUCCUAUUAUCAUCAGUUACGUCAUUGUAAAGAGGUAAGUUCCUUUUAUUAUUAUUCUCACUAUUACGUUCUGUUAAAUUAUUUACCUAAAGAAAACAAUUAG